GCCCAUCGUCACUACACGAGGCCCUCGCGUUCACGGUCCUCAGCAGCAGUAGCACCCAGGAGCCCGUGUUCAGCUCGACGUGCUGUUCCCUCCACGCUGCCCUCCCCCCGCGCGAGACCACCGCCAAUCUCUCCACGGACUUCCCUCUCCUGGCUAAUUUACUGACCUUGCAUGGUUCCUCUCAACAUAAUCUACGGCUAUGUCACGACAACAGUACGAUUCAUCUACUCCAGAGUCUCCCUCUCCGAAAUCCUCGUCAAGACCGAGCUCGGGAGUCAACUCUGAUCGCUCGGGCCAGCGCGCGCACGGACCAGCUGCCGGCUCAGAAGCCCAUUCGUCCACCCCCCAGUCCCCUCAGGGCGUCUCGUCAAGUUCGGAGGGUUAUCCGUCCUGGCUCCCCAAACGGCCGCCACCACCUCCUCCCCAGUCGACCCUUCAAUCGUCGGUCGCAGGUAUGUUCACCGAAGCGGGCCCAAGCACCAGUAGCUCCCCCGUCAUCCCUGUGGGUAGGAAGCCGACGCCACGAUCGGUACGCAUCGUCAGUCUGCAGAGUGCCUCCCAGGCCGAGAAAGAUCCCCGUCGCGAGCCCACCGACCAGUCGCGCGCGUUCUCUGGAGCAGCUCAUGCUCGAGUGUGGUCGCGCGCGACGAUGGCUGCUCUCACCCCAACCUUGUUCUCUGCCGGAGGACUCGAGGGGCAGCUACCCAGGCCGAGGUUCCGGACCCCUGGCCUAAACCUGGAGAUUCUGCGACAUCCAUCAUGGAAGAUGCGCUUGUUCUACUACUUGUUCCCUGUAUUCGCCUUCGCGCACAUCCCCCUGCAGACCUUCUUCGACUUCAAUGCUGUAUUCAUAUUGAUCCUGGUCGCCAUGCAUCCCAACCCUGAAGCACCUGGUGUCCCCGGUUCUGGACGUAACUGGGCACUGGCCGCCGCUGCGUAUAUCGCAUGCUGGUUCGCGUGGAUAGUCGCGGUCAUCGUCGUGUACGAGAUCGUCUACUCCUUCAUUCGCCGUUGGCGCGUCAAGCGUCCUCUCGUGCUCCCCAUCUACUUCUCCUCUUCUGCGUUCACCUUCGCCGCCAUGUCUUCUUAUUUGAACUUUUGUUUCAUGUACUUUAUUCGCUUCUCCGCCUUCUUCGGCGAGCACGGCAGCCUCCGGGAUGGCCUCGCCGAAACCUUCUACUUCUACUCUCAGAACUUGCCCACUGUUGCUCUUUUGAUGCCGCGUGCGGCGUUGUCGCUUGCUUUGCUCUUCGCGUUCUCUUCCCCCCAACCAGGCGCUGUCGCGCUUGCGGAUGCAGGCAUCGGCCGUAGAGACGGGACGUUCUUCCGCGCCUCCGAUGAGACGCUGACGAGCUAUGCCCGGGGUGUGCUCAUCGCCAACGCCGCAUGGACGGCUUGGCGCAUCCUCGUUCUCUUGAUCAGCUGGAUCGGUCUCUGGGCUGUCAGUGGACAGGGCUGUGCCGGUUUCUGCGGGCCACGAUACCGCUGGGAAGAGGAGGACGCGGAAAAGACGGCUUCGGUAUAUCACGACAAUCUUUCCGACCUCGACCCCCUCCCGUGGUCGUGGAAGGAGUGCACGAUUUUACGCAUCAAAGACGCAUACGACCUCUGCCUCAUGACGAAGCCUACCCGUGGCCCGUCGGCACUGAGCAAGGAAGGGCACGAGCGGGCUCCAUCGACACCGAUGGAGGGCAUGGAACGCAUCUUCGCCGCGGUGGGCAUCCCGUCCACGUCGCAGGGUGCGCGCCGGGGCGUGCUCUCGGGCGAACUUUUUGAGAGCCCCCGGCACACCCCGGAGCUGGACGUGAACGAGAAGGCGGGCGCGCAGACGAAACCGGAGAUCGAACGUACCAGCAUCGUCCCUCCGUCACCGGUGGUGCAGCAGAAGGAGAAGCAGGUUGCGGAGCCGAGCGGUCCCCUCAUGAAGCUGCCGUAUCCUUUCACGGGAUAUGGCGCGCAGGUCUCCUCUGAGGACGUCAUACCGUUCCCUCCUUCGCCGGAGAUCGAGGAGAAGGAAGUGCAUGCGGAGGACAGCGAACAGCAUGAGGGCGAUGAGGAAGAAGAGGAGGAGGAAGGCGAGGAGGAAGAGGAGGAAGAGGAAGGCGAGAGUGAGGUCCCAUCGUCGGAGAGGCGUACCUCGGGAUCGAUGUCCAGCCUUGGUCGCCCUGUCGUCUCGCGGUACCCCUUCCAAUUCCGCCGGCCGAGGGGGAGUGUAUCGUCGUCGCAGAUGACCCCACAUACGCAUUCUACGCCGCACUCGGGGCAGUCACGGUCAACGCCGUCGCGCUCGACCCGCAACUCGCGCUCGACGCAGUCGACCGGGAAUAUGGAAUCGACAGAUUCGCACUCACCGAGGUCCAACAGCUCGAACGGGCCGAGCCCGCUGAACUCGAGCUUCAGUGGGAGCGGGAUUCCCAUGCCCCCGCGGCAUCCCCAGGUGCACCGGAGAGCAAGAGCGGGAACAGUGCCAACCCUGCCCUCGUCCCCCGGGUCGCCCUCGCCUGUCGUCUUCCCUGCAGGCAGGCCACGCGCCCGCACACGCACAGAAAGCAUGGCGACGGACCCCUCCGCGACCUUCGGCCCCAUCCCCAUUGGCUCGUUCGAGAGCUCCGAUGGGGAGUACGAACCGGACGACAGCCUCAUGGACGUCCCCGAAGCCGAGGGCUCGAUCGAGGAGGCCGAGCAGCAAGACAGCGUGGGCCUGCUGUCCGCCGCGCCGAGCCCACGCGCGUCGCUCGUGAACCUGCGCCAUCGCAGCAGCGCGCUCUCGUUACACCGGCGCUCGAACGGGUCGCGCUCUGGCUCAGCCGCGUCCGCAUCCGCGUCGAACUCGAAUUCGCGUUCCCGCACGACGUCGGGCACGGGCUCGGAGUCGGCGCGUUCGCGCGCGCAGUCGUUCAUCCAAUCGCUCGGCGCGGCGUCGCGGUCGUCGAUCGACCUUGUGCGCACGCGCGCGAACUCGCUCGUGCGGCUCUCGGACUCGCCAUACGCGUCGACGUCGUCGGAGGCGGUGCUCAGCAGCCCGGAAAACCACACAUUCGGGCACCCGUUGCGCGAACAGUGGCGCGCGGAGGAAGCGGUGCACGAUAUCUCGGACAUUGCUGAGGCGGACGUGCCGCUCCCGACCUCGCAGCCCGGUUCUGGCUCGGACGGGUCUCAGCCGGAGCUCCACACCGCGCGCUCGACGAUCUCACAAGCACCUUCAGAGCAGCCUUCGUUGGUCAGCGUGGCUACGGAACGCGGUGGGGUACCUAUCGCGGGUCGCACGCAGGAGCUCAGCCAUGAGGAGAGCAUGCCCGACAUCAGUACGGCGCCGCAGUCCUUCAUCACCAACCCCACCACUAUGGGGAGCGGGACGAGCAGCUCGGGGAGGACGCAGACGACGUGGGGCGCGAUGGAACACUACGCGCACGGGUCGGACUGGCACCCUGUGUGAUCUCGCACCGCGGCUCCCUUGGCAUCUUGGAAACUGGAACGGACUUUCUUCGCGGACGGAGAGGAACAAUCUUGGAUGACGGCGCGGUGCAUACCUCGGGCGCUUCCGCUGCUGCUGCUGCUGCCGCCGCAUUUUCUGGAUCUCUAUUCGCAUGUUUAUACUUUACAUCUAUUCGCACACCUCCCUUGCAUAUAUCAUCUAGAAGCGCAUUGUUUGUGUUGCAUACCUGUUAUACGCCCAUCUGCCUCUCCUCCUUGCCCCCUCCCCUCCCUCGGGCGCGGCGUCCCUGCCCGUCCCGCAUUAUUUGCUGUACGCCCUUGCCUCGGCCACGCACGACCCCCCGCACCAUUACACAGCUACGAUACGUUACGCGACACCCCUCCAUACCUCUUUGCGUUCCGGCGGUUCGUCGACUAUUGACACGUUCGUUGUGCAUAGUCAUCGCUGGAUGCUCCCCCUUCCAUACAGAUAAUAAUAAAAGUCC